AUGGAGGCCCCAACCAAGCCGGUGCUGUACACGUCACAGCAGAUUCUGAACUGCACAUUUGAUGAGGAAGGGGUCAUUCCGGGGAGUUCUGGCUGGAACCUGAGCAGACAAUUUGAGCGAUUUGAGAUCAACAACGGCCUUUCUGCUCAAAUCAUACACACCAGUACAUACGAGUGUGGGUUUACUGUUGGGUCAGUUAGGCACACAGCCAGAUCUUAUUUGGAUGUUGCUCUCCUGCCGGAUGUGAUCAACAUGAAAUUUGAUCCUCUCAUCGCGGACUGUUCAGAUGCGACCACCACAUCCUUCACAGUCAGCGUGUCUGCCAGCAUUCCUAAAACUACGGAGAUCUACAACAUCACAUGGUCUGAAAACAACAUAGACAAACUCCAACAGAAAACAAGAAACGACAGCUUUACUUACAGCUACGCAACAAAUAUCAUUUGUAAAACUGACAAAGGUACACGCAACAACUUCCUGAAUGGACUUGGAGCUACCCAAGAAGUGGCAAAGGACAUUUUUGAAGGAAUUAAGAACAGCUCUAUCUUAAAUGCUGCCUCUGAAGAUGAAACUGCUGACAUUGGUGCUUCCAUUGGCAUCAUAAGUGUAAUGGCCAACGCAUCAAAAAUUAUUAUCCUUAAAGAGGAUGUCUUUCCGGAUUUAAUUGAAGGAGCAAGCAAUAUGGUGAACUCAAACUGGAGUGGAGUAACUGAUACCAUACGUCACCAAAUGUCAGAACUAUAUCUUAAUUCUGUGGAGUCUUUGGUGAAGCACAUUGAGGGCCUCUUUAUUUUGAUAACAGGAUGCCUUGCAGAGCAGAAGGUCAGAGAUGAAUUGUUUAGGAUCAUAAUGGUAAAAGUAGGACGAGAAACCGAUAGCAUGCAGAAACUGACGUCAACGACUUACACAAAAGACAAAUGAUGAGAAAAGGAUGGGAAAAUGUACAAAUCAUCGCUUGGAUCUGCAGCUCCUGUUGGAUCGGACAAGUUAAAGUUGAAAUUUGUGUUGUGUCUUAGACUGCUACA